CCAAUCUGGUCCGCGCGCUACGCACCCAAUCUCGCUCGCACACCAGCCGCCGCACAACCCUAGCUCCCACAUUCCCCUCGAUCCACUGCCCCUCCCUCCUCCCCGCUCGUCACCAGGGCCUCGCCGCCGCCUACUCCUCCUCCCCCACCGUUGCUGCUUCCCCACCUCGACUUCCCUCUCUCCGUUGUUUAUCCGGUCGUCGGCGGCGCCUGGUUCCAGAUCUGGCGCAAGUUAGGCCCGGUGGUGGGGCGAAGGGGCAGUGGAGGCGGGCGACCAGGACAAGCAGCUGUCGGCCCGUCGCGGGUGAGGCUCCAAGAGGAGCCAUGAUGGCUUGAUGUAGGAGGAGCCAUGAUGUGUGUGAGGUAGAGGUGGAUCAUUGGAGGUGAAGCAGGUCUCCUUGAUUUGUGCUUCAUCUGCGUUUCACGGGGUACUUAAGCAAUGGUUGCACCCCGCCACAUCACAUACCAGGUGAGAUUAACGGGGACAAUGAUAGUUGAGUUCCGACGAGAGUUAAACAAAUAGUUCACUAACAUUGAUAAUGAUUGGGUAACUCCAUUCUGUAAGUUGCUCUGCCGUUGAAAGCUAUGAUGUGGAAAUUAUAGCUUGGUUCAUAUAGUUGCUCUCAUUAUGCUUUUCUUCAUUUGAAAUCUUUGACAGAUGCUCAGAUUAUAAGAAAGAGAAUUUUAUAAGUCAGGCAUCGAUUGCUCACCUUUGAAGGUUACAGAUUCAAGUGCUAGGCUUUAAGGAUGAAGCAAAUCCCAAUCUAGAAACAUGUGUCGUGCACCAUAUAUUUGUCACCAGAAACGAAUGUGCAGGCGACAGCCAUUUGAUUAGUGUUAUAUCCAACUAAGUCCAUCCAUUAUAUUUUUGGCUUUCAAGGCUAGCUGACUGCAGUUUGAUUAUCGAUUCAUCUAUGGCAGCACAGACAGGCGUAUUAUCUUGGAGGCAAUGGCGGGGGGCUGGCACGAGAGGAAGGAUGGGAAUCAGCUACUUGCAUUCGCAUGGAGGAGGCAAUGUCGACGCGAUGGCACAGCAGAGGAGGCUGGGCUCGUUGUGGAGCUUCUUGAGGCAGCAGGACGUCGGCGAGAGCAUCGCUGCCGGCAACGGCUCGAGUGACCUCUUGAGGAUCUUCUCCAUGAGCACCUGUGACGACACCAACUCCAACAUCAUCUUCUCAGCGCCCGGCAGCAAGAAGGCCGAGGUGCUCGGCGACAGCGAUGUCGGCAUGGUCACCAGCUUCAGCAACAUCGACUCCCAGAUUCGGUUAGCCCUCUCGAGCUGGACAUGCCCAGCAUGGACGACUACCUGCAGCUGCAGCAGGACUCCGCCGACUGCAGAGUCCACGCCAAGCGUGGCUGCACCACUGACCCGCAGAGCAUCGCUUGGGAGGGAAAGAAGAACAAGGAUCAAUAAGAGGCUAAGGAGGCUGCAAGACCUCAUUCCCUACAUGGACAAGGUCACAAGGCCAAUACACAUUCAGGAAAUAUGUGACCAACUUCCCCAAGGUCCCGCAUCGUCUACUCAGGAUAUUCUGUGCCCCAAGCCCUACAGAAUAAUGCCCAGUCUAAUUUCAGCAGUGGGCAUGACAGCCUCAAACUUCUCUCUUCAAUAUUGAAGAAGCGGCUUACUCGGAUCAAUGGGCAUGCACUUAGAAAAAUAGCUAAAGAGUACGAGAUAUUCCUAGAGUAAAUAAAGGGCAUGGUGUGCUCAUAAGUUGACAGAAGCAAAAUGUUAUUUAUUAUACUCUUUGUCUUAAGUGGGCUUUCUUUUAAAAAAACAUGCCUUUAUAUUACCCAAAUAACAUAACAAAUUAUGCAUCCUCAAGUAUAUAUUUCAAGAGACGAGUCUUAAUUUUUCA